AGUCACAGUAGCAUUAAGACACAGGAUGGAAUCUGUUUUACAUUGCAGGAAAAAUAUGGACCAUGAGUCCGGGCAAAAAGUUGCUCUCAUCACUGGAAUAACUGGUCAGGACGGGUCGUAUCUUGCAGAACUGCUCCUGGAGAAGGGAUACGAGGUUCAUGGAAUUAUUCGGAGAAGUUCGUCCUUCAACACGGGACGGAUUGCUCAUCUUUACGAUGAUCCGCAAACUCACAGAGAGGGUAAGAUGAUUCUUCACUAUGGAGAUUUAAUUGAUGGCAACUGUUUGGUGAAAAUAAUUAAUGAAACCAGACCAACGGAGAUCUACAACCUGGGCGCACAAAGUCAUGUUAAGGUAUCCUUUGACCUUGCUGAGUAUACUGCUGAGGUUGAUGGUGUAGGAACCCUGAGACUACUGGAUGCAAUCAGAACCUGUGGUUUAGGGAACUCUGUCAGGUUCUAUCAGGCUUCUACCUCUGAGCUGUAUGGAAAGGUCCAGGAAGUUCCACAGAAAGAAACAACUCCAUUUUAUCCCCGGAGUCCAUAUGGAGUGGCUAAACUCUUUGCAUACUGGUCUGUGAUAAACUACCGUGAGGCGUACAACAUGUACGCUUGUAACGGAAUCCUCUUCAACCAUGAAAGUCCAAGACGAGGAGAAACGUUCGUAACAAGAAAAAUUACAAGAUCUGUAUCUAAGAUACAUCUGAACCAACUUGAAUGUUUCGAGCUUGGAAACCUGGACUCUAUGAGGGACUGGGGACACGCUAAGGAUUACGUAGAGGGUAUGUGGUUGAUGUUGCAGCAGGAGAAACCCGACGACUUCGUCCUCGCCACCGGGGAGAUGCACUCCGUCAGGAAGUUUGUUGUGGCGGCCUUCAAACAUAUCGGGAUGGAACUGGUGUGGGAGGGGUCCGGAGAUUCUGAGAUAGGAAAGGAGAAGGGAACUGGAAUUAUUAGAUUGAAGGUAAACCCUAAGUUCUACCGACCUACAGAGGUUGAACAGUUGCUCGGAGAUCCAACUAAAGCAAAAACACAGCUGGGUUGGAAACCAAAGGUUCAGUUUGAUGAGCUGGUAAAAGAUAUGAUGGAUGCCGAUAUUGAAUUAAUGAAGAAGAAUCCAUCCGCAUAGGACCACUCGCUCGAUUCUUGUCCUAUCCUCUUCUCCCAGUUCUCAUCCUUCUCAUUCUCUUUAACCUUUUUCCUUUCCUACUCUUGGUCCUUUCUCCUCAUCUCCUUCUCUUCCUUUCUCCCCUCCUACUCUUUAUCCUUUCUCCUCUUCUCUUUAUCAAUUCUCCUUCUCUUCAUCCUUCCUCAUCUUCUUCUCUUUAUGUUCCUUUCUCCUUAUCUCAAAUCCUUUCUCCUUAUCCUUUAUCAUUUCUUCCCUCUUUCUCUUCAUCCUUUCUCCUCUCCAUCUAUACUCUGUGUGCAAUAACCGAAUAUAAAUGAAAAAUCAAAGAACAACUGAUUACCAAAGACAAAAUCAUUCCGUGAUGAUUGAAGGUUUGAAAACUUCCUUAUCAUCUCCUCUAAGAACAUGUUUUGUGAUGACGUUGCAUUUUUGUGUGAUUUAAUUUUUAUCUAUUUAACUAUUUAUUAAUAUAUUUCUCACGUUUGUUA